AUUGGAGACGACGAACAAGGUUACGACCUGGAUUUGUUCUGCAUCCCCAAACAUUACGCGGAUGAUUUGGACAAAGUCUUCAUCCCUCACGGGCUCAUCAUGGACAGGACGGAGAGGUUAGCCCGGGAAAUUAUGAAAGCCAUGGGGGGCCACCACAUUGUGGCUCUCUGCGUCCUGAAGGGAGGCUACAAAUUUUUUGCCGAUUUGCUGGAUUAUAUUAAAGCCCUGAAUCGGAACAGCGACAAGUCCAUUCCGAUGACGGUGGACUUCAUCCGCCUGAAGAGCUACUGC